AUGCCAGACACACCGGUGGAGGACUCCCUCUUCCAAAUCAUACACUGCUUCCACCACUAUGCCGCCCGGGAGGGAGACGUGGAGACCUUGUCCCUAGAGGAGCUGAAAGCCCUGCUCCUGGAGAGCGUGCCGCGCUUUAUGGACACCCUGGGCCGCAGGCAGCCAUACUACAUCACGGAGCUGUUCCAGGCAGCUGACAAAAACAAGGACAACCAGAUCUGCUUUGACGAGUUCCUGUACAUCCUGGGCAAACUGGUGAAGGACUAUCACCUGCAGUUCCACCGGCAGCUCUGCACACACUACUGUACCCAGCACAACCUUUACUAG